GUGGGGUGACGUUCCAACCCAGUCGCUCAUUCAUUUUGGACAGUCUAUGUAUUUUGCGCAUGCGCGCGUCACUUUCGACGUUCCAAAGCUCACUGUAGUGUGAUAAUGGCGGCAGGCUCCGAUCUGCUGGACGAGAAAGUAGUUUGUGAUCUUGUGGGGUCUUUUGAGUCCGAGCUCAGGUCACGGGAACCCAGACAGUUGCUAAACACAGUUCCGGGACAGGGGGCAGCUAAUGCUAAUGUCCAGCAGAGCAAACAGGGGGAUCGGAUAUAGCGUUGAAUGGGAGCACUAAUACGGGAUUGACUUUGGCCUUCAAUGUUGCGGGUCAAGCUUUCACAAUUGCGCCGGGCAUGGGCAUGCAAACUCCGCUAUUGAACAAUGGGCGGUGAGGGAUUCAAGCUAUCACGCCACAGGUGUUGGCCCCUAGGCUCCCCCAACCAUUCCUGAAUCAGCCCAACUUUCAGAACAUCCAGCUCCCCCCAGGUUACUACCUCAUGAAGCUGGUUGAGAGAAUGCCAAGAGUGUGCAAAGCUGCCAUCAAGGAAAAGGAGGGGAAAAUUGAAGCCGAGGACUUCACCAGCAGGUUAUGCAGAGAGCUAAACUUCUCACCUCAGCUUUACCUUGUGUCUUUCCUCAAGUCUCGAUCUCGUCAGGAAGACCCUGAGCAGCUGCGGUUGAAACAGAAAGCCAAAGAGAUGCAGGAGCUGUUUCAGUUGAGAUCGAAGGAAGCUAACCUGAUGGCACUGGCAAUUGUCGGCCCCAGGAAGAUGAGGGAAAUGGAGGCUGCAGCCGCUGGAGCUGAGAACAUGGGCUCUGGGUCAUGUCCCUCUGCGUCUGGUAGAGCUAGUUCUGGAGCGUCCAGACAAUUUACCCGCCAGAGCAUCACUCCUGUCGACCCCAGGGACAUGCUCUUCUGUCUGGAGAAUGAGAGAGAGACCAGUCACUCCCACUUCAUCGACAGAAGCUUCCUUAAAAAUACACCCCAUAGAGACAGACCGGAGAGCUGUCACUCUCGCAUCCACUAUAGCAACUCCCUCAAAUAGAGAGCCCAGACAAAAAGGUAUCUACCCUAGAAUUGGAUAAGAGGGAUGGGACAGUGAUAAAUGGAUAUCAUGCUUCUCCAGGUCACAGUGAAUGGAUCUGACCAAAAUGAAUGGAACGUUUGUCUCCACUGUGUACUCUGGUUGUCCUUUUGUUCUCCAUCUAGUUCUAUGCCUAACUGCUCCCUCUACACUCCACCUUCCCCCAGAGCAUUCCUGGGACUCUCACAUGUUCUAGGUUUUUAUAAAUGUUUUAUUUACUUUUUUUUUAAUUUUUAGAAUUCCGUUGUAAUUAAAGUGUAAAGAAGUAAAUAUUUGCAUUAUAUUAUUAUACAUUUUACUUGGAAGGCCAUUUUGUAGUUGCAAAUGACAGUUGUACACAUUCCAAGUCAUUUUACAAGUCUGUUUAUAUGAAACCAUGUUUUAAAGAAUGAAUCAGCUGUGUUUCUAAUGGAUGUUAAGAACAAUAUCUUUGUUUUGUGAUAGUUAUUCUAUUGGCCUCUUUCUGCUUGUCUACUGCAGUGGUUCCCAACCAGAGGUACUAGGACCCCUGGGGGUGCUUGGUCUAUCCACAGGGGGUACUUGAGACGACUCAUGAGACCAUAGGCCUACUGGUCAAAUGCACAUGAGGGGGUACUUCAGGGGUACUUAAGGCAGAGCAAAAUUCAGUUGGUGGUUCAGUAACCAAAAAAGGUUUGGAACCACUUGUCUACUGAGUUUCCUUCCUGACAAAAUAAGCCGUAUAUUUGUAUCUGAUCUUAAACAGCACCGCAGUGACUCUGACUCCUGCUGAAAUCUGACGCAGUAGAUUUUUGUCUCUUCAGUUUUUUGUUUGA